AUGAGCUCGGAGUUCACGGCAUAUGCCUGGAAGGUGCAAGGGUUUGAUGUCGUGUGUGCCCAGAGCAAGCUUAGCCGAUGUAUCCUCAUGAUCCUCAUGUCGGAAGAUGCCACGCAGUUCAUCAAGCGGAAGACUCCAAAGGAGGGUCUGACGCCUCUCAUGUACGCCUCGCAAAAUGGCUCGGUGUCAGCCGUGCAUAUGCUGCUUGAGGCACGGGCCAACAUCAUGGCCAAAGACGAGGAUGGCAUGAGACCUCUCCACUUCGGAGCCCGGUCCGGCGUGGUGGAGGUGUGUCGGCUGUUGGUGAAGAAGGGCGCGGAUGCUCUGUCCGUGGACGACGAUGGGAACACCGCGCUCGACCUGGUUCCCAGCGACCAGGUCGAAACGCCGGCGCAGCGGAAAGACUGGGAGGAGAUCCUUGGGCCUCCCACGGUGCUGCCGGAGGUGGGAGAGGCGGCGCUGGAGAAGGAGGCCGCGCAACUCGAAGCGGACCUCCUUUGGCUCUCAGCGGAGCCCGUCCGCAAGUGCUGA